AAGGAAAUGAAAGAGAGCAAAAGAAGACAAAAAUGAUGAUAAUAAGGAUAUCCAAAUAGCAUAAGACUCCUAAACAUCGACCACAAAUUCAGAUUUUGUGCCCAAAAUAUCCACAAUACUCAGAUGCACAUUUCUCACUAACUAACCAAAGAGGCACAACCCAAGUACUUCCAUUCAAUUAACUAUUUACCUUAAAUAUCUGAUUUUUCUGUUGAAAUUGAGAGCUUCAAAGCAUGACGGCUUUUACACCAACAGCUCUACAAUAUUCUUCCACAUCAUAUUUACAAUCCUGGGUACCUUCUAUAGACGGUACUCGUUAUCAUAAUUCAUGGUGUGUAAGAGGGAGAUCAUACAAACCCACUUCUCAAAGAUUACACCAACAGAACAUUGCAAGAGGACUAACAAUCCAGAGUGCAGCCACAAAACCAGCUAAAUCACCAGCUGAAGAAGAGUGGAAGGUUAAGCGAGAACUACUGCUGCAGAAAAGGGUAAAAAGUGUGGAACCAAAGGAAGCUCUGCGCCUUCGGAAAGAAAAUAAUUUUGUGAUUCUUGAUGUAAGGCCAGAAGCAGAGUUCAAGGAGGCUCAUCCCGCAGAUGCAAUUAAUGUGCAAAUAUACAGGCUUAUAAAAGAAUGGACAGCCUGGGACAUUGCCAGACGUGCUGCAUUUGCAUUUUUUGGUAUUUUCUCUGGAACAGAAGAAAACCCCGAGUUUAUCAAGUCUGUUGAGGAAAAAUUAGAUAAAAAUGCAAAGAUAAUAGUAGCUUGCUCAGCAGGGGGAACAAUGAAACCAACACAAAAUCUGCCAGAAGGUCAACAAUCUAGGUCUCUAAUAGCAGCUUACUUGUUGGUCCUAAAUGGUUACGCCAAUGUCUUCCAUCUAGAAGGUGGGCUUUACAGGUGGUUUAAAGAGGAUCUACCAACUGUUUCAGAGGAGUGAGUUCAUUGCUAACAUUGUGCAUGCAGAGAAUCCUGGACCUAGUUUUGAUCAUAAUGAGGAUGCUGAUCAGUGCAUACAAAGAACAGAACGGAUGAAUUGUGAAAUGUAAUCAUUGAACUGGUGUAGAAAUUUAGUAUGAGAAAAAAUGCCAUGUUACAUUUACUAAA